ACAGCUUCAACUUGUGAGGGACAGGAUAAUACUUGCAGGAUUUCCCACGUUUCCUAUGACCAAAAACGGGCUGAGGACUCUGACACUGACAGAUAUUACGUGACAGGCACACGGGAAAUAAGCUUCUCGGGACACCAGGGAAACACCAGAUGCAAACUUUCGCGAUGGCACACGCCGUGAUGCUUUUUCUCUCGUGCGUUUUCGCAGGAGUGCACACAUUAGCACCUACAUAUGAAGCAGAGGCGGUGAGGGAGAGCCAUACAGUUGUUACCACCACGGGCAAAGAAUGUAAAUUCCCUUUUCGUCAGGGUGGAAGGAUUCAUCAUCACUGCAUCACUGUCCUCUCCUCAAGACCAUGGUGCUCUCUUACACACAAUUUUGAUCGGGACAGGAAGUGGGGUUUCUGCGCACCAGAGAGAAGCCACCCAAAUGUUUUUGUCCACACUUCACGCAGAAUCACAGAUCCAUGUCAGGCGAACCCGUGUCAGAAUGGAGGCGUCUGCACAGCGAUCCCACACAGACGCACAUUCGAAUGCUCCUGCCCUGAGAGCUUCUCUGGGAGAAUAUGUGAACAAAAGAAGUGCUACGAAACCGUACACCUGCGCUAUUAUGACAUCGGAGAGUCUUGGGGACGAAUUCACCUCCGUAAUGUGGAACAGUGCACAUGUGUGGCAGGGGAAAUCAAGUGUGAGAGAGUCCACUACACGAUGUGCCGUACAAACCCAUGUCAGAACGACGGAACGUGUCGACUGAUCGUAUCCACCGGAAAGGAAGUGUGUAACUGCAGGCAUGCCUACAGUGGACCUCACUGUAGUCUCGAGCCAGAGACAGAGUGCUAUAGCAGCAGGGGCACAGGUUACAGAGGCCUGGUGGGCACCACCGUGUCCGGCGCCCGGUGUCUGCCGUGGAACUCAGACCUGCUGUUUGAUGAGCUCCAUGUGGGCACAGUGAUUGCAUCACCUGUUAAAGGCCUUGGGGAGCAUGCCUACUGCAGGAACCCAGACGAGGACAAGAAGCCUUGGUGUUACACAAUAAAAGACAACGCCAUCUCCUGGGAGUACUGUGACGUCCCCUCCUGUGUGAUGGCUGCGUCUUCUUCUCUGAGGUUUACUCCAUUCAACGUCCUGCCCACCAUUGAAAAACCCAAACCCUCCAAGCCGGCCAAAAAACCCUUAUGCGGGAAAAAGCACAAGAAGAGGUUAUCGACAGCCAGAGGGAGGAUAAUGGGUGGAACUUCGUCUCUGGAAGGUAGUCAUCCAUGGAUGGCAGCCAUUUACAUCGGACAGUCAGACUUCUGCGGCGGCACUCUCAUCUCCUCUUGCUGGGUCGUGUCUGCGGCCCACUGCUUCUUCAGCAACCCCCUGAAAUCUCAAAUCCGUGUGGUCCUGGGCCAGCAUAGCUUUAAUACCACCAGUCCCAACACGAGGACAUUUGGAGUGGAGGACUACAUCUUUCCAAGGCACUUCUCAGUGUUUAACCCAACACUGCAUGACAUUGUUCUAAUCAAACUGAAGAAGCAGGACGGGCGAUGUGUGAAGAAAACCCCGUUCAUCAGGCCCAUCUGUCUCCCAGACAAAAGCAUGACGUUCCCCGAUUACUACUGCUGCACCAUUAGUGGCUGGGGACAUACACAAGAGAAGGGAAUGGGAUACUCCACUCUGCAGGAGGCUGGAGUAAGACUGACUCCUCACGAUAACUGCAAGAAGCCAGAAGUGUAUGGCAACCAUGUCACCAGUGACAUGAUUUGUGCAGGGAUUAACGGCUGCGUUGAUGCGUGCCAGGGCGACUCCGGGGGCCCGCUGGCUUGUGGGAGGAAUGACGUCAGCUUCUUGUACGGGAUCGUCAGCUGGGGGGAGGGCUGCGGCCGCUCCAAUAAACCCGGAGUUUACACAAAAGUAGUGAAUUACAUAGACUGGAUCGAUUCAGUGAUCAAACGCAAACCCAAGCCUUCACCAAACGACAUUACCUGGAAAUAACCUUUCCUGCAUGAGAUGUUUAGAGAUAUUAUAUAUGAACUUUUUUACAAUUUUUUUUAAUUAUUGUAAAGCUUCUGGAAGUUUACAGGUUAUUUGUUUAACUGUGAAAUAUUUUGAGACUGAAUAAACCUUCAAUGACUUUCAG